AAGGAGCAUUGCUGUUUUGUGUUGCUGAAUUGAAUGCUAACCUCUAAACUUGACACUCCACUCACUCAUCCCUUUCAUCAACACAACAAUGGCAUCUUCUUUCGCUUCAACUGCUUCUUCCGCAUCUUCUUCGCUUCCCACUCCCUCAAAACCCAAACCCAAAAUCAAUCAUUUCCGCUUCUCUCACUCCAACCUCUCUUUCCGUCUCUCUCCUAAACCCAACCUUCCUUUCCUCACCAAGGGAUCCCCACCAUGUCAAAUUGUAUGCCCAAGGGUGAAGGCACAAUUGGAUGAGGUUUCUCUUGAUGGUUCCUCAAAUGCUGUCGCUCCUACAACAGCCAAUUCAGAGGCCGAAGCGACUGCCAAACCUUCGAGUGGAACAUCGUCUGGAGUCUUGGCUUCUCAAGAAUCUAUCUCUCAGUUUAUUACUCAAGUUGCAAGCCUUGUCAAACUUGUUGAUUCAAGAGACAUUGUAGAGUUGCAGUUGAAGCAGCAUGACUGUGAAGUAAUGAUUAGGAAGAGGGAGGCUAUGCCUCAACCACAGCCUCCUGCUCAGCCUGCCAUGUACUAUCCACCCCCAUCACUUGCAGCGCCACCUGCUGCUCCAGCAUCUUCUCCAGCACCUGCCCCAACUCCUGCUACCCGUGCAGCAUCAGCUUCUCCACCUGCUGCAAAGUCAACUAAAUCAUCACUUCCACCUCUUAAAUGUCCUAUGGCAGGGACAUUUUACCGCAGUCCUGGUCCUGGUGAACCUCCAUUUGUGAAGGUUGGAGACAAAGUAAAGAAGGGCCAAGUAUUGUGCAUCAUUGAAGCGAUGAAAUUGAUGAAUGAAAUAGAAGCUGAUCAAUCAGGAACUAUAGUCGAAAUCCUUGCAGAAGAUGGCAAGCCUGUUAGUGUUGACAUGCCCCUUUUUGUGAUUGAACCUUAGAGCUUCAGAGUACAAUCAUUGAAAGAAGAUAUGAAAAUGAAAGUUAUCUGCAAGUCUUGGUAGUUUAAAUUGUGAGAGGCUUAUCAUCGUUGUCGUCGUCGUCGUCGUCAUCAUCAUCAGAAGUUAGGAAGAUUUUGGCCUGAAAUAUUGGAAUGGUACAGUUGAGAGGAGAAUUACUCGUCAUAAUGGAUUUAUUCCUUAUAUUUUUUCAUCCCUUGUUGUACUUUACACUGAUUUUUUACUUUUUAAUUUAUAACGAGCUAGUUACAUGGUGUUUUUUAUUAUUAUUAUUUUGUUUUCCUCUCAA